AUGGCUGCUCAGCCGCGCUUCUUCAUUGUCCGGCCCGACACUAAACGGGUCGACGCCGAUGGCAAAACCUACAUUAUCCCCGGCCCUAUUGUUCCUCUCGUUGCGGCGGAUGAGCUCCCGGAGUGGCUCGACAUUCCUAGUGCGCCGCGCAACCUCUCGAUAGAACAAACCGUGAACCUCUGCAACUUGGGCAUUGCCAGCAAGAGCAAGGACCCGUACGCCGUCAAAAUCAUCCAACAUGCCACACCUGUAGCUCGUCAGAGAGCUGCUGCUGCGAAGAACCUAGAGGCGAAGUCGAGCAAUGCGGUCGCUACCCUCGCUACUCAGCCUCCCUCUAUCACACCUGCUUCUGCCUCCAAUGACGAGAAGGCCACCGCUACGACAGCCACACCGACAGCCCAUCGGGUAGACCGAACGCGAGCCCACGAGGACGAGACCCAUACCGGCGCCGUCAGCACAAGCACCACCGCCGCUUCGAUCCACAACCCACAAGCGCCUCCACCGCAGACGCAGUCUGAGCACCCAACCAUGACGAAUACCAACCCGGCUCCCGGCAACAACACCAUCGCCAACAACACUAACUACUGCCGUCACUGGUGCCGCUACGGCAACUGCAAACGGGGCGUGCGCUGUCGCUAUCUGCACGCCAUGCCCACGACCACCGCCGAGCUAGCCGCCAUCGGCCUGCGCGAGAUCCCCGCGUGGUGGAUGGCCGCCGCCGCCGGUGUUGGGUCCAACUCUACCCCGUCCGCGCGGCUGCGUCCGCAUCAGCACCGUCAGCCACAUCAGUAUCAUCAACAGCAGCAGCGACAGCAACAACAAGAGGAACACCACCACCAACAACAACAACACCCCCAACAACACCACCCGCAACACGCCCAGCAGAGCCGUCAUCACCACCACAACAUCGACAGCGGCCGCCACUCCCAGAACCACAACCACGGCCAGCCCGACCCGGGUGCCGCCGCCGCAGGUAGCGUGGGCAGUGACGGGGUGCUAGACCCGCGCGAUAUCCGGUUCGCCCUCGCGCGCCAGCUGACACUCCGCCGCGCCCAGGACCACGCACACGCCCAUACCCAGACUCAUGCCGGGGAUAUUGCGGCGGGUGGUGGUGCUAGCGGUGCUGGUGCCAGUGGUGCCGGUAAUGGUGGGAGUGGUGCCACCGCCGCCGCCGCCGUUGGCGGCCGAAACAGAGGCAGGAAAGUCCAGUUGCGAGAAACAGUGGCGUUGCUUCGGGAGCUGGGGCUGGGAACGGGCGGGUGGUGGCCGCGGCGAGAGGGGCUGUGGUGGGGAGGCCCGGAGGAGGAUCUGGUUGCUGUUUCUGUUGCUGCUGCUGAUGAUGAUGAUCAUGAUGAUGGCGCCGGUGGGCAGAUGCAGGAUGGGCUUGCUGCGGAGUUGGAGUCGGGCCCGGAUCGGGGUGAUGUGGUUGAUGGCGGUGGAGAGGAGGGUAAGCGGGUGAUGGGUGGUUUUGGGCAACUUGUUGUUGCUGCGGAGAAUGUUGACAAGCUGGUCGAUGUGUGA